GCAGUGGUUUCCAACUGAUAACAGCUGUGAGCUGAGCGCUAUGCAGCUCAAUGGGUCUGUAUAAAUACCUUGGGACUGUGUCAGCCUCUACCUGCCUAUUUUGCACAGUUUCCUUUCCGUUUUUAAGUAACUAGUUCUUACUAUUAAAAAAAAAAAGGUCUUUUUUAAAGAAAGUUCUACGAUGUUUUCCUCCGCGCUGUUCCUCCUCGCUCUGUUUGCCGGUCGGGGUUUGGUCGGUUCUGUUGCGGGCUCCGCCGCCGUGGAGGGAGCCUACGGGGACGUGGUCAGCGUCGUGUCUCCGGGACAGCGGUAUCUGACCGGGGAGUCCCUCCGCUCCGUCUUUAAUACACUGGAGAAACGUGUGCAGUGCGGCGAGGUGUCGUGUGAAAAGUGUGAUUUAACAGAUGCCAUUCACCAGCUGAUCAGCAAUCACUCCCAUCGCGGAGAGGAUGAAACUGGAAAAGGCAGGAAAAAUGUAACGAUCAGUGUGUCUCAGUUCACUGAUCUUGCUGCCGGCUGCGUCCUGUACCUAACUUCUCCUGGCCUGGUCUGUGCCGCGAUUGGGCAGGGGAGAUGGGGAGAGGAGACUGAACAUUUCCUGCACAAAAUCACACAACACGACCACCACAAACAACAGCAUGUAAAGAGCAGGGCGCACCAGGACCAUGAACACAUCGAAGCUCACGGAUUAGAGGCUCUGCUGCAAGAGCUUCACGACCACUACGAGCCAUCACACAGUGAGAGCUGUGUAGCAGCCAGCAACAUCAUGACGGAGGUCAACGCAUCAUCACCAGACCAGAGACAGGAAGUGGGUGCAGUUUUGGGCCGCGUCCUGUAUCACGCUCUGCAAGGUCACUGCUUCAUCAGCCUGCCUGAUGAGAGUUUCUUCCUGGACUACAUCAUGGACCGUUUUGGAUCAGAGAACUUUACUGUCAGGGAGUUCAAGGCUCUUAUGAGGAGUCUGAACAUAGGGACUGACUACAAACAUGAGCACGACCACGAGGAGGAUGAACACUCUGAUCAUGAUCACAGGAUUGCAAGACGGAUGAAGAGGAGCAGCCAUGAACAUCAUGAGGGGCAUGACGGAAACACCACCUGGGAUCAGCACUGUUUCUCGGCUGAAGAGCUGGUCCUGAUCUUUGGUCUAGGGGACAACAGCUCUGCCUCCCCUGGUCUGGGUCAGCCUGACGUGGCUCGGCUCAGCCCCGCACUGGUCCAGCAGAUCCUGAGCGGAGCCUGCACGGACAUCGCAGAACACGUGGAACCAGAUGGGCUCACCACGACUGAGAGAUACCUCUAUGCAACCAUCGCCAAUGUGGUGAUAACACUGAUGUCCAUGUGUGGCAUUGUGGUGCUGCUGUGUACUUCCUGUACCAAUGUGUUCCAGUUGUGUAUCCAGUUUUGCAUCAGUCUGGCUGUAGGUUCACUGACUGGAGAUGCCUUACUGCACCUGCUACCCAUGUUUCUAGGUUUACACGUGCACUCGCACGACGAGGGCGGCAGCCCCAAGCAAUCACAUCACAAUCACCAGGAAAACACUCCAGACUACAUUUACAAGAUGUUGGUCGUGAUGGCUGGGAUUUACUACUUUUACCUGUUGGAAACCAUCUUCUCUCUGGUCAUGUAUAAAGAUAAUCACCACCAUCACCGACACCAUCAUGCGGAAGGAUCAGAGCCUCACCACUGUGACCAUGAGAGGGUUUUAGAGAUGUAUCAACAGGGGAGGAAACAAAAAGACAAGUCGGCAUCAAAAGCAGACCUGGUUGGCUGUGAAGACAACGAGAAAUCACUCCCAGAGCCAAAAGAGCACACUAGAGAACAGCGUCUGCUGCCUUAUAUGAUAACUAUCGGCGACGGGAUUCACAACUUUGCAGACGGCUUAGCGAUGGGUGCGGCUUUCUCCCUGUCAUGGAGGUCUGGUUUGGCUACAUCCCUGGCUGUACUCUGCCAUGAACUACCACAUGAACUGGGCGAUUUUGCCAUUUUGCUGCACAGUGGCAUUUCUGUCCGCAGGGCAUUGCUCUUAAACGUUGGCAGCGCAAUGACCUCGUUCAUCGGCCUGUAUAUCGCCCUGUCUGUUGCCACUGACCUCGCAACCAAACAGUGGAUAGCUGCCAUCACUGCAGGACUCUUUCUGUACGUGGGGCUGGCUGAUAUGCUCCCCACCAUGGUCCACAUCAGCAACAAGAGACCCUGGCUGAUGUUUCUGCUGCAGAACGUCGGCCUUCUAACCGGGUGGGGUAUUCUGUUGGUGUUGUCACUUUACGAAGAGAGGAUCAGCUUUUAAUGCAUCGAUUCUGUCAAGACACAUACAAUAACACAUUGGUCUCCCCAGUCGGUGUGCUUUGCUUCUGGUAUAAUGUAUGGAGAUUGUAAAAUCGAUGAAUGAACGACAUGUACAGUAACAUUUAUGCACGUUACACAUAAGCCCCCACGAUGAGACUAAAAGAAGCUUAAGUAGACAGAACACUGCCAGAUGCUCCUGGUUCCCAGUAACAAAAGAGUAAAGAACCUGUCAGAUGAGGAACUAAUCCAGUCAGAGAGGUUCUUGAUAAGUGACUAAAAUUACCUGUGCCUCUUAAAUCCCUUAAACUCCAAACCCCUUGACCAUAGAGCUGGUAAACUGACCAUGUUUCAGGUGGUUUUUGCUAACUUCGUGCAGAAAAAUUAAACAAUGGCCUCCCUAUGACCAAUCCCGUAUAUUUCAAUCAAUACAGUAGGUUGCAUUUGAAUAGGUAAAACCAAUAGUGGUGGGAAAAAUAUUAGAAACGUCUUAUCAAUCAAUAAUGUUCUGGUAAAAAAAAAAAAGUUGACUGAUUAACUUUUUUAACUUUUUACCAAUGCUGACCUUGGUCAUUUGCUCGCCCCAUUUUGCUCCUCAGCCAAUGACACUUCCACAUACAUCAGACACAUUAAAGUCACUUAAUCGUAAACUUAGAAUCGAUGCUGGACUGUUAAAGUCCACAGUAACCCAUAGCUGUUUCUUGGCAGUAAAAGUGUCUGUUCAGAUUGUUUUUUUUUGUUUGUUUUGUUUUGUUUUUAAUUUCAUACUGAUGAGUGUCAAAAACGACACCAAAUUUCAGAAUAUACUGUACAUGUGUUGGUUCCCCUUGAAUUCCUUAGUAAUAUACUCGUAUCAUACAGCUUUGUACAGACACGUUCUUUUUGUGCUUUUUAUUAAUUGUAUCUGUUGUUGAGUCCUUGGGAAAACAAACAAAAACGUCAAAUUUGCCAGAGGAAAAGGUGGAUGAUAUUGACUAAACUAAAAAAUCCCACAAAACUAAUUAUGAUGAAAAUAUAUGUAUAAAUAAGUAUUAAUAUGUUGGUGUAUACAGUAUAGUAUAUCAUUUCUGGGUUUUUUUUCUUCCGCCUAAGCAACAGGUGGAUGAAGAACACAAAACACACUCCUUUACACUUUGUAAAGGAGGAGACCAAAACUGUUUUCACUCACUUCCUGCAGUGGUUUGGGCUUUUGGCCUAUAUUCAUUGUGGUUGAAUAUAAAUUUGGAUUUUAAAAUGGAUUUUUUAAAACAGAGACAACUGAUUUAACAAGGAUCUUCUUACACUCUUUAGACGGCCAUGAGAUUAGAUCAGAAAUAGUCUCAGAGUGUUGACUGAAGACCAGUGAGUAUUUCUGACCAUAUCAAUAACAAAUAUAAUUACAUAUACAAAGAGUCUAUCUAAGAGUCUUCAGUGCUUUGUCUGCCAAUAUUACUGGUGGAAGCAAAUAUUUCUUUUUAUCUGUCUCAUCUAAUCUCUUCAAUUUACAGGCUAUGUGAUCGUUUUCAUUAGGGACAGAGUCCACUGACAACUCAUCGCACAAAGAGGGGCACAUACUGUUCACUCACUGAGCACUUUAUUAGGAACACCUGUAACCUGCUUAUUCAUGCAAUUAUCCAAUCAGACCGUCGUGUGGCAGCCGUGAAGCACAUUAAAAUCCCACAGAUACGGGUCAGGAGCUUCAGUUAAUGUGAUGUGUUGACCAGAAAAGCAUCUCUGGAUGCACAACACUUUGAACCUUGAGAUGGAUGAGCUACAACAGCAGAAGACCGCAUCGGGCUCCACACCUGUCAGCCAAGAACAGAAGUCUGAGCCUGCAGUGGGCACAGGCUCACCAAAACUGGACAGUCAUAGACUGGAAAAGCGUAGCCUGGUCUGAUGAUUCUGGAUUUCUGCUGAGGCACUCAGAUGUUGUGGACCCGACCUGCCUUGUGUCAACAGUCCAGGCUGGCAGCGCUGCUGUAAUGGUGUGGGGAAUGUUUUCUUGGCAAACUUUGGGCCUCUUAGUACCAAUCAAUCAUGGUUUGAAUGCCACAGCUUAUCUUAGUAUUGCUGCUGACCAUUUGCUUCCCUUUAUGGCCACAAUUUACUGAUCUUCCAAUGGCUAUUUCCAGCAUAAUGCACCAUUUCACAAAGCCAAAGUCGUUUCAAGCUGGUUUCAUGAACGUGACAGUGGGUUCAGUGUGCUUCAGUGGCCAGUCACCACAUCUGAAUCCACCAGAACCUUUGGGAUGUGGUAGAACAGGAGAUUCACAGCAUGAAUGUGCUGCUGACAGAUCUGCAGAAAUGAUGUGAUGCAGUCAUGUCAACAUGGACCAGAAUAUCAAAGGAAAGUUUCAACAUCUUGUGGAAUGCGUGCCACGGAGAACUGAGGCUGUUUUAAGAGCAAAGGGAGGUUCUACCCAGUAUUCGUAUGGUGUUCCUUAUAAAGUGCUCAGUGAGUGUAUGUAUAUGUUUGCAUGUUGGCAUACAUAUAGUAUGUAUGCUUAGUCAGAACUAGUGUCUAUUUUUUCUCAGACAAAAUAACCUUUUUAAUGACAACAUAUAAGUUAUGUACUGAUCCUUUAAGCAUAUGCUGUAAAAAACAAAUUAUAGAGAUUACAGCGUGUGGCUGCUGACAGAGGAAAACUGGAUUUUCCUGACUUCAGCUUUCCAAACUGGCAUACAGAAUUUAGAACAUCUACAGAAAAAUACAAAAGGUUGUGCAACUUUAACAAUAAAACUCUGGAUAAUUAGUUCUAAAAUUGGACCUUUGAGCUUCUCAUACAAUAUACUAGAUAAUAUAACUUUUACAGUAGUGUUGAUAGACACCGUCUGACUUUAUAGACAGAAAAUGAAGACAGACAAGAGAAAGACCAAGACAGAGACUUGCCUAGGUGAAUUAUGCUGUAACAGCGGGAUGGGAAGUUUUACACCUUCAUAAAGAAGUUUGUCAGGCUGUAAUUCAGUGAAAAAAAAAAAGAUUAAAGACUGAGAUAAAAGAAACAGCAGACAACUGAAAGGCAGAGCCAUAAAUAAAAACAGCCUGUUAAUGGAUGAUUUGUAAAUGCUUUUUGUGUUACUGUAAUGUCUGAUUUCUAAAUGAUCAUUUUUGAGACACACACAUACAGUAAAUAGAGUGAUGGAGCCUUUUAACAACUGUACAUGCAGUACAAACAGUGAGUGUUGAAACUGAAUGACUGUUUUUAAGGGCAGAUGAUGAGUAAUGGACAUCCAGGUAAGUCUUUGACAGUGUUACAACAGUUUCUGUACCGUCGAGGACAAAAAAAAACAACAACAUAUGACUGUGGUUAUACUGGUCAUAUCCCACAUUUAGAUGUCUGUAAUAAAGUUGUACUGAGUGACGACAA